GACCCGCUCGCUCAGACUUCUCCGCCCGGCUGAAGACGCCGGCGGCUCGGGGCCGCCCCAGUGCUUGCCUUCUGUGGAGGCUCAGCCCACCGACCCCGCCCCGGUGCCGGGGUCGGCACAGGCAUCUAGCCCGCUUCUGAUCGCGGAGUUUCAGCCCCAGGGAGCUUCCCGGCCGUCGACGGACCCCGCGGCCCGCGCGCUAGACGCUCUGCUCGUGGGGCAGAGGGAAGCCGGCAACUGGCUGGGGAUGGGCUACCCGGCUGCGUUAAAGGGCGCUGGGGGGCUCCGCGCGCUCCUCCUGGCGCUGGUGGCCGCAGGGAUACCCGCCGGCGCCUACAACCUCGACCCGCAACGUCCCGUGCGCUUCCAAGGCCCCGCCGGCUCCUUCUUCGGCUACGCGGUGCUGGAGCAUUUCCACGACAACACGCGCUGGGUCCUUGUGGGUGCUCCAAAGGCAGAUUCCAAAUACAGCACAUCAGUGAAGUCCCCUGGGGCUGUGUUUAAAUGCCGGGUUCAUACCAAUCCUGACCGGAGAUGCACCGAACUGGAUAUGGCUCGAGGGAAGAAUCGGGGCAUGCCUUGUGGAAAGACCUGCCGGGAAGACCGGGAUGAUGAGUGGAUGGGGGUGAGCCUGGCCCGGCAGCCCAAGGCUGAUGGCCAAGUGUUGGCCUGUGCCCACCGCUGGAAGAAUAUCUACUACGAAUCAGACCACAUCCUGCCCCAUGGCUUCUGCUACAUCAUCCCAUCCAACCUCCAGGCCAAAGGCAGGACGCUGAUCCCUUGCUAUGAAGAGUAUAAGAAGAAGUACGGAGAAGAACAUGGCUCCUGCCAGGCUGGGAUAGCAGGCUUCUUCACUAAGGAGCUGGUGGUGAUGGGUGCUCCAGGGUCAUUUUAUUGGGCUGGGACGGUCAAAGUGCUGAACCUUACGGACAACACCUACCUUAAACUGAACGAUGAGGUGAUCAUGAACAGGCGCUAUACCUACCUGGGCUACGCAGUGACCGCUGGCCACUUCUCUCACCCGUCUGCCACUGACGUGGUAGGAGGUGCCCCACAGGACGAAGGCAUUGGAAAGGUUUAUAUAUUUAGAGCUGACCGAAGAUCAGGCACCUUAAUUAAGAUUUUUCAGGCAUCAGGUAAAAAGAUGGGCUCUUACUUCGGCUCCUCCUUGUGCGCAGUUGACCUGAAUGGGGACGGCCUGUCUGACCUGCUGGUGGGGGCCCCCAUGUUUUCUGAGAUCAGAGAUGAGGGGCAGGUCACCGUCUACAUCAACAGAGGAAAUGGAGCCCUGGAGGAGCAGCGGGCCCUGAAUGGGGAUGGUGCCUACAACGCACACUUUGGGGAGAGCAUUGCCAGCCUGGAGGAUCUUGACGAUGAUGGGUUCCCAGAUGUAGCCAUUGGUGCACCCAAGGAGGACGACUUCGCCGGGGCAGUCUACAUCUACCAUGGUGAUGCCAGUGGGAUGGUCCCUCAGUACUCAAUGAAACUAUCUGGGCGGAAGAUAAAUCCAGUUCUGCGGAUGUUUGGCCAGUCCAUAUCAGGAGGCAUUGAUAUGGAUGGAAAUGGCUAUCCUGAUGUCACUAUUGGAGCCUUCAUGUCUGACAGUGUGGUUCUUCUCAGAGCAAGACCCGUCAUUACAGUGGACAUCUCCAUCUUCCUACCAGGCUCCAUCAACAUCACGGCGCCUCAGUGUCAUGAUGGACAGCAGCCUGUGAACUGCCUGAAUGUCACCACCUGCUUUAGUUUCCAUGGCAAACACGUUCCUGGAGAAAUUGGCCUGAAUUACGUGCUGACGGCUGAUGUGGCCAAAAAGGAGAAGGGCCAGCUGCCCAGAGUCUACUUUGUGUUGCUGGGAGAGACGGCGGGUCAGGUCACAGAGAAGCUGCAGCUGACCCACGCAGAGGAGACGUGUCGUCACUAUGCGGCCCACGUGAAGCGGAGGGUGCAGGAUGUCAUCAGCCCCAUCGUGUUUGAGGUGGCCUACAGCCUUGCCGAGCAUGUGACUGGAGAGGAGGAGAGGGAGCUACCAGCCCUGACACCAGUUCUUCGCUGGAAAAAGGGACAUAAGAUUGCCCAAAAGAAUCAGACUGUUUUUGAAAGGAAUUGCCGCUCAGAGGAUUGUGCGGCUGACCUGCAGCUUCGGGGUAAACUGUUGCUCUCCAGUAUUGAUGAGAAAACCCCAUAUCUAGCUUUGGGGGCUGUGAAGAAUAUCUCCCUAAACAUCUCCAUCUCCAACCUGGGGGAUGAUGCCUAUGAUGCCAACGUGUCCUUCAAUGUUUCCCGGGAGCUAUUCUUCAUCAACAUGUGGCAGAAGGAGGAGAUGGGAAUUUCCUGUGAGCUAUUGGAAUCAGACUUCCUCAAAUGCAGCGUGGGAUUUCCUUUCAUGAGGUCAAAGUCGAAGUAUGAAUUCAGUGUGAUCUUUGAUACAAGCCACCUAUCUGGGGAAGAAGACGUUCUCAGUUUCAUUGUUACUGCUCAGAGUGGCAACGUGGAGCGCUCGGAAUCCGUGCAUGACAACACCCUCAUUCUGAUGGUGCCGCUGAUGCAUGAAGUGGACACAUCCAUCACCGGAAUCAUAUCUCCAACCUCCUUUGUGUAUGGCGAGUCUGUGGACGCAUCCAACUUCAUUCAGCUGGAUGACUUGGAGUGUCAUUUUCAGCCCAUCAACGUCACCCUUCAGGUCUACAACACUGGCCCCAGCACCCUUCCUGGGUCAUCUGUCAGCAUCUCUUUCCCCAAUCGACUCUCAUCUGAUGGUGCAGAGGUGUUUCAUGUCCAGGAACUGGUGGUGGGCCAAGAGAAGGGAAACUGCUCUUUCCAGAAAAAUCCAACCCCCUGCAUCAUCCCUCAAGAACAAGAAAAUAUCUUCCACACGAUAUUUGCUUUCUUCACAAAAUCUGGAAGAAAAGUCUUGGACUGUGAAAAACCAGGAAUCCCUUGCCUAACAAUGCACUGUAACCUUAGUGCUCUCGCUAAAGAAGAAAGUCGUACUAUAGACAUUUACAUGCUGCUGAACACAGAAAUACUGAAGAAGGACAGUUCAUCUGUUAUCCAGUUCAUGGCCCGAGCCAAGGUGAAAGUGGAUCCUGCCCUACGAGUGGUGGAAAUAGCCAAUGGGAACCCAGAAGAGAUGAUGGUGGUCUUCGAGGCCUUGCACAAUCUGGAGCCACGAGGCUACGUCGUGGGCUGGAUCAUCGCCAUAAGUUUGCUGGUGGGCAUCCUCAUCUUCCUGCUCCUGGCGGUGUUGCUCUGGAAGAUGGGCUUCUUUCGCCGAAGGUACAAAGAAAUUAUCGAAGCUGAGAAGAACCGGAAAGAGAACGAAGACAGUUGGGACUGGGUCCAGAAAAACCAGUGAGCUGCCACACCAACCAUGUGACCCAAUCACUGGCCUGUCAUCCUUGAUCUUUGUAUCUUCCAUAUUUGGAAGAAAAAAAUCUUCUCCAGAUUUUUCGGAGGCCCCACUGAUGCUGUUCUCUUCCUCAUUCUGUCAAGCCCAGGUGUCAGCCUGAGGCAGCCACUGUGGCCAGGUCACAUGACCAGAGCCGCCACCACUUUCCUUUAUAGAUGAACUCUGAACUUUGGAAAGCAAGCUAUGGAGCCGAGCAAUAUUUAUGGAUGCAACACACGUGGUCAACCCUCAGGGGAAAACUGUUACCUAAAAGUAUUUUUAUAAAUAUAAGCCUUUUAUACUGAUUAUGUCUUUAUAUUUGUAUCAAUGUUUUAUUAUUUCUAUUAAAUAGUUAUAUAAUUCAUUCAA